AUGGCGACGAAAGAGAUCGAGGCGCGCGCGGUGCGAUACAUGGGGAUCGGGGACGAUGGUAGUGGAUGGACGGCGGUGGAGGAAGAUGGGAGCGGGGCUGGGGGGAGACGACGAAGACACGAUUCGGAUUCGGAAGAGGCGACGGCGGCGGCGGCGGCGGCGCCGAGUCGCCGCGCGAGACACGAUAGCGAUAGCGAAGACGACGCCGGUGAUGCUUCGGUACCGCCCGAGGAUGCGCCAACGACGAGCGCGGGCGAUGGGCUGCAGUACGAUAGCGAUGGGGACUUGAUUAUUCCUCAGGAGCCCGCGGCGGCGGCGGCGGCGGCGGCGGCGGCGGGUGAGCCGCAAUACGACAGCGAUGGCGAUUUUAUCCUGCCUGAAGAGCCUUCCGGGCAGCAAGAGCUGCAGUACGAUAGCGACGGUGACUUGAUCUUACCGCCCGAUCCCUUGCCGGAAGCGCCCGCGGAAGAUAAUAAAAAGAAGUCGAAGGAAAAGAAGACGAAGGAGCACAAGAUGACGGAUGGCACGUCCACCGGUCUCGUGAGCGCGGCGCAAGUCAUCAUGGAAGCUGAGUUGAAGCGCAAAGCUGAGCAAGCGCGCGUGGCUAAGAUGACGGACGAGCAAAGUGGUCGCGGGGCGGCGACGAACUACCGGGACAAGGCGACUGGGAAGCUCAUGGAUAGCGAGGAGAUGAAGCGUCGCUCGGAGAAUGUCAAACCAAAGGAGCGCGAACGACCGGUUUGGGCAACGGGUGUGGAACAGGCGAGACAAGCGAAGCAGUACGAGGUAGAUUUAGUCAAGGCAAAAGACACUCCGUUCGCGCACGCCGACAUCGAUGCCGAUUAUGAAGACAAACAGCGAAGUGCGAUGCGUUUCGGCGACCCGAUGGCGCAUUUGAGCCGCAAAAAGCGUCACGCUGAAUCGCUCAAUCUCCCAUCCGUCGUCGACGGCUUAGGGUUGUCGAUGGAUGAUUUGAAAAAGUCUGGUUUCCGAAUCCCGCAAGAGGUUCCACCGCACAGCUGGCUUCGUCGCGGCGUCGUCGCGCCGCACAACCGCUACGGCAUCAAACCGGGCCGUCACUGGGACGGCGUCGACCGCGGCACGGGCUUCGAGGCAAAAAUGUUCCGAAAGAAGAGCGAAUUGAAAGAGCGCGCGCAGCUCGAAGACGCGGACGCAGAGGAGCACAACGAAUGGUUUUAG